AUGCCCUUCCCCUUCGAAACCUCCCCAUUCUACCAACGCCCCUUCCUAAUAGCCUGGACAUGCAUCCACAACCUCUUCACAAUAACCGUUUUCGCCGUGAUCCCCAUUCUCGCUGGUUUAGCCAUCGUCCUGGGGAUCUGUUUCAUCGUCUUCGCUAUCCUGGCUGGAGUAUUCAAGUGGGAGCUUGGUUCAAAGGAGGAUAAGGCUCGGAGGAGGAAGGAGAGGGAGGAGAAAGAGAGGGCGGAAGGGAAAAUGAGCAAUGCAGAGCAGACAAGUACUGUUCUCUCUGUUGAAUCUGAAGCGUCUGGUGGACUAGGCUCGGGUGGUGGUGCGAUUGAUGUUGCUGCACUCGAUGCAAAGGCGAGGCUGGAGAUUGAGCUUGAGUUACUUGCGGAGAUGGUCGCUAUUCGGAGGGAAAGGUUAGAGAAUAUGAAGUGA